CGUAUCUAUUUAUACACGCGGUUGGCUCGAUAACGGUAACAACACGUCCCACACGAACCGGCUGCAGCGGCCUGUGUCACUUCGGUCCACAACUUGAAGCGAUUCGAUCGUCUCUGCGAAAUAGCGAGCUCGGAUUUUCAUUUGAACAAAAUCUAAAAGAAUAACAAUGGGUUUGACAGUUUACAAGAUCGACGCUAGUCCCCCUGUGAGGUCCGUGUUUAUGACUGUUGAGGCCUUAAAUAUCCCAGAUGUUGAGUAUGUGGAUGUCAACCUGUUGGAUGGAGACCACCUCAAAGAAGAAUUUACGAAGGUGAAUCCUCAACACACUGUGCCUCUUCUAAAAGAUGAUGACUUUUACGUUUGGGACAGUCACGCAAUUGCUGUAUAUUUGGUGACCAAAUAUGGAGCCGACGAUUCUCUUUACCCAGCUGAUCCGAAAAAGAGGGCCGUCAUUGAUCAACGUCUCCACUUUGAUAGUGGGAUUCUGUUUCCAGCUUUGAGAGGGACUGGUGAACCAGUGUUCUUCAAAGGGGAGAAAUCGUUCAGACCCGAAAACCUGGAGAAGAUCACAAAGGCUUAUGAAUUCGCUGAGAAGUUCUUGGCUUCGUCACAAUGGUUUGCUGGUGACCAGAUAACGUUGGCAGAUAUUUGCUGCGUCUCUACCAUCAGCACCAUGAACGAACUCAUCCCUAUAGACGAGGAGUUGUACCCCAACCUCGCGGGCUGGUUGAAACGAUGCGGUGAACAAGACUUCUAUAAGAAGGGCAAUGAAUACGGCCUGGAACAAUUCCGAGGUCUCAAGAAAUUGAAAUUGGUGUCCGAUAGAGUAGCAAAACUGUGCAUAUCCAUUGAAGGUAAGACAAUGUAUGUGAUUCAAGUGUACGCGCCAACUGAACAAUCAACACUGGAGGACAUAGAUCGAUUCUACGAUGAUCUCAGAAAAGCGAUGAUUAUAGAGAAGUACAAUGAGCACAAUAAAGAACUCUAUAUAGCAUUUAUAGACUACUCCAAGGCGUUCGACUCUAUCUCCCACGAAUCUCUAUGGUGUUCUCUUUGUGAACAAGGAGUACAUACCAAGUACAUAAACAUCUUGAAAGAAAUUUACAAAACCAGCAAAGCCAUAAUUAAAUUGGAGAAAAAAGGAGAGCCAUUUAAUAUCCAAAAAGGAGUCAGGCAGGGUGAUCCCAUCUCACCAAACUUAUUUAACGCUGUUUUGGAGCAUGUCUUCAGACAGUUAAAUUGGCGCGACGUCGGAAUCAACAUAAACGGCGAGUAUUUAAACCAUCUCCGCUUCGCAGAUGACAUAAUUCUGGUGAGUGAAACACAUUCAGAUCUUGAGCGCAUGAUGAAGUCUCUAGAUGAGGAGAGCCGAAAAUGUGGUCUUCACAUGAACGCGAGAAAGACAUGCUUGUUAACCAACAGCACAAGAGUACAAAUGAUGAUACAAGACACACCAAUCGCAUACGUAGACAGCUAUGUUUACCUUGGGCAAAGCAUCUCAUUUGACAGACCGACAGAAAAUGAAGUAGAUCGAAGGAUAAACAGUGCAUGGAAAAGAUAUUGGUCGCUAAAAGAAAUAUUUAAAUCUCGCAUUCCGAUUCGCCUGAAAAAGAAAGCAAUGGAUACCAUUAUUCUGCCUACUCUACUCUACGGUUGCCAAAGUUGGAUUUUAACAAAGGCAGUUACAUCAAAACUUCAAGCCUUCCAACGAGCAAUGGAGAGGAGCAUGUUAGGAAUUAAACUCCGAGACCGAAAAAGAAGCGUAGACAUAAGAAAAUGCACUAAAAUAAUAGAUGCUGUUGAACUAGCGUGCAAAUUGAAAUGGCGAUGGGCAGGACACGUAGCUAGAGCCACAGAUGGACGCUGGAGUGAGAAAGUUCUACACUGGUAUCCUCGCGAUGCACCACGCAGCCGGGGCAGACCCAGACGUCGAUGGUGCGAUGAUAUUGUGGCAGUGGCCGGCCCUACCUGGACUAGAAUAGCACAAGACCGAGAUGAAUGGCAUAAGAUGGAGGAGGCCUUCGCCCUUAAAUGGUUGAUAAUGGACGGGUUAAAAAUGGGGUUGAAGCUAUACAAAAAGGAUACUAGCGCGCCCUGUCGGUCAGUCUACAUGGUGAUUGAAAUCUUAAAAAUUCCUAAUGUUGAGUAUAUUAACAUGGACUUGGCAAAACGCGAACAUUUUAAGGAAGAAUUUUUGAAGUUAAACCCCCAACAUACCGUACCGACGUUGGUCGACGGAGAUUUUGCAAUUUGGGACAGCCAUGCCAUCAACACUUACUUGGUCAAUCAAUAUGCUAAGGAUGAUUCACUUUACCCAACUGAGCCCAAGAGGAGAGCAGUGGUAGAUCAGAGGCUGCAUUUUGAUAAUGCUAUACUAUUUUCAGCUCUCAGAGAAAGUAUGAUACCCAUCUUAUACCAUGGUGAGACACAAUUCAGACCAGAGAAUUUGGAAAAAAUUAAGUCAGGGUACGAGUUCAUUGAAAAAUUCUUCAAUGGGCCCUGGCUCGCUGGUGACUCCAUCACAGUGGCUGACAUUUGUUCCAUGGCUAACAUAAGCGGUUUGAACGAGAUUUUACCAAUCGAUAAAGCAUUAUACCCUAAGCUGACCGCGUGGUUUGAGCAGUGCUCAAAACAAGACUUCUACGUAAAGGCAAACGUGCCAGGCCUGCGAAUUUUUCAAGAAUUUUUGAAAAAUGCUAUUCACUGAACGAAAUAAUUAUCAAUGAACCAAAUUAAAUAAAUAUUGUUUUACAUUGUC